AACAAAUCAGUAAUCAGCACACUCCCCUUACACACACGAGUCUGAAGUGGUAGUCAAAAUUUCGGUUGCAUCACAAUGAUUUUGGUCAAUUUUACGAUUUGCAAUAGUUUUAAUAAGUGUGGACUUAGCCGUAUUAUAGCUAAUUCGAGUUCUGCUGCUUCGGUUUUCGAAUCGCAACGUUCUUUUCACGCUCUGAGCUCGCAGCGGGCCUGUAGUAUGGACAACAACCCAAGCCCUAGCCACAUGACUUUGGAUGUGUUCAAAAGCGUUGUCUCGCAUGCGCUUUUGGGCAAGUUCACAGCUGUUUUUCCAAAGCUUUUCAAGUGCCAGUGGAAGACUUAUGAAGGUCAAAAGAAGUUUUACGCAAAUUUCAGUACAGAUUGCAAUAUGGGUCGUAAAUUCUGCGUGGGAGGCAACUGGAAGAUGAACGGCGACCAGAAGUCCAUCGCCGAGAUCUGCAAGACGCUGAGCGGCGCCCAACUGGACCCCAACACCGAGGUGGUCAUCGGCUGCCCGGCAAUCUAUCUGAUGUACGCACGCAACCUUCUGCCCUGCAACAUUGGUGUGGCCGGUCAGAAUGCCUACAAGGUGGCCAAAGGUGCCUUUACCGGCGAAAUCUCGCCAGCCAUGUUGAAGGACAUCGGCGCCGAUUGGGUUAUUUUGGGGCACUCGGAGCGUCGCGCCAUCUUCAAGGAAUCCGACGAGCUGAUCGCCGAGAAGGCGGCUCAUGCUCUGGCCGAAGGCCUGAAGGUCAUUGCCUGCAUUGGCGAGACUCUGGAGGAGCGUGAGGCUAACAAGACCAACGAUGUGGUGGCACGCCAAAUGUGCGCCUAUGCCCAGAAAAUCAAAGACUGGUCCAACGUGGUGGUUGCCUACGAACCCGUGUGGGCCAUCGGCACCGGCAAAACCGCUACGCCCGAACAGGCUCAAGAGGUGCAUGCCUUCCUGCGCAAGUGGCUCUGCGAGAACAUCUCACCGGAGGUGGCCGAAUCGUUGCGCAUUCAGUAUGGCGGCUCCGUGACUGCUGCCAAUGCCAAGGAAUUGGCCAAGAAGCCCGAUAUCGAUGGCUUCCUCGUUGGCGGUGCUUCACUGAAGCCCGAAUUCGUUGAAAUUAUCAAUGCUAAGAAGUAAAGCCCAUCGACCACGUUCCACCAACGCAGCGCAAAACUGCCCACAAGAAACAAAAUUAAUAUAUAUUGCGUUAGGGGAAAUCGGACAUCGGCCCCUUCUACCUCCACCUCUCGAUUGCAUUAUGCAUACUUGAAAUUAUUAUUGUUGUUAGAUUAGAGCCGGAGGGUAGCAUUGAAAAAUGUGAAACAAAAUUCUUAGUUCAUUGCAAGUACAUAAAGCACAAAAUUGUUGGUAAAAAGUCGUAUCAGAGAUAUAUAUAUAAAUAACUAUUAAUAUAUAUACAAGUAUGUUACUUUAUUUAUUCUGGCAAUAAUUGUUUACACAUGCAUAUUACCUUAAGUUGAUUUGAUUUAAAUCUUUACUCAAAUGCUAAAGUAGCCAAAUAAAUAAUGAUAUUUAUA